AUGCUCUUCAACCUCUUCUAUCCCCUCCCUUGGAUACCAUGCCAGAAAUUCCCGUUUGUGGCGGAGACAGGAGAGGUCGUGGCUCUCAAACGGGUACGGCUGGACGACGAGCUGCUCCCGCACGGCAGGUCACGAGAGGCGCUUUAUACAGAAGAGUUUCUCGAAUUCGUAUUACACGACGUCCUCCACAGCGAGAAGAAGUUGACGCUCGUCUUCGAGCACUGCGAUCAGGACCUCAAGAAAUAUUUCGAUAGCCUUAACGGCGAGAUUGACGCCGAUGUGGUCAAGAGCUUUAUGUAUCAACUGUUGCGGGGAUUGGAGUUCUGUCACAGUCACAAUGUAUUGCAUCGAGACUUAAAGCCGCAGAAUCUGUUGAUCAACAAAAACGGCGAACUAAAACUGGCCGACUUUGGUCUGGCCCGAGCUUUCGGUAUACCCGUGCGCUGCUAUUCCGCCGAAGUGGUCACUCUAUGGUAUAGACCGCCGGACGUGCUGUUUGGGGCCAAACUGUACACCACAUCAAUCGACUGUUGGUCGGCGGGCUGUAUAUUCGCCGAGUUGGCCAACGCUGGGCGGCCGCUAUUCCCGGGCAGCGAUGUCGACGAUCAGCUCAAACGCAUAUUCAAACUGCUGGGAACGCCUACGGAGGACACGUGGCCGGGCGUCACCCAAUUGCCCGACUAUAAGCCAUUCCCGCUCUAUCACCCGACCACUAGUUUCGCUCAAGUGGUCCCAAAGCUCAACAUCAAGGGUCGGGACCUUUUGCAGCGACUGCUGCUCUGCAAUCCCACUCAACGUAUGUCCGCCGAAGACGCCAUGUCUCACCCGUACUUCAUUGAUCUCCCGGUGACCAUCAAAAACGGUUAA